AUCAAAUUGCGUACUAUAACCAUUAUCGCUGUGAGUGUAUAAAUAAACACCACUAUCAGUAUUUAAAUUAAUCGUCGCGAUCUCCGGGCGUAUUAUUUAAACGACAUGAGAAUAGAAAGCAGUCGAAUGAGUUUAGCCUUCGCCACAAACUUGAUGAGCGGUUGUUGACCUUUUCCAUAUGAAAUGAAUUAAAUAUAUAUGGGAAUUAUUUUUUUGUCGUUUCGAAGUGUUACUGUGUUGUGAUAAAAAAAACUUCAAGAUGAAAUUUAAAAUAGACAAAGGACUCUUACCUAUUAAGAUACAUUUUUUCUUUUUCUUCGCUGCCCUCGGUCCUUUGUUACCACAAAUGAAUGUCUUCGGUCGGCAACUGGGGGUGUCCCCGGCGGUUAUGGGGCUCGUUACGGCGGUUCUGCCCCUGCUGUGGGCGGUCGCGAAGCCCCUGUUCGGCUACGUCGUUGACUUUUGGCCGAGUAAAAGAAAACUGGUGUUCAUCUUGUUAAUCAUAUUUAUGACAGGAUCCUAUUGUGGCCUUUGGUUCCUACCCAUGCCUGAGGAAAUAGAAAAACCGGAACCGCUCCUCGAAUCAGUCUACAAAUUAAACGACACGGUCUACGUCAAAACGUACAGAAACAACACAGACGCCAUCUUGGACAGAUAUAUAUGUCAUUGGAACUGUACCACAGAUAAUAAUUUUCAAGUUUAUCUGUCGAAUUCGACGUUCAUAAACACGAUGUACACGGACACGAGAAAUAUAUCUUGCACGCUCUUAGAUAUGAGUUUAGACGAAAUAAGACAAGGAGAGUUGAUAUGUAUACCGAAAAACGAUUGCAACCUCCUGUGCUACGAAGAAUCGUUAGAGUUUAAUAAGAAUAGGAGUGAAAGAGAGGUCGGAAGUUCGAAAGCAAAUUCCGUGGAUGUGUCAGAGAAGGAUGGAGAUAUGAAAGUACCGAAAACGAUCGAAUCGCAGGGCAGUUUUUAUAUGACGACGACGUUUUGGGCGUUUGUCGUGCUGAUGUGUGUCGGGACGGUUGCUUUUAAUGUUGCCAACUGUAUAGGAGACGCUGUGUGCUUCGAUGUUUUGGGCCCCGAGCGCGGUUCGAGAUACGGGGCACAGAGAGCGUGGGGCACAGCGGGCUACGGCAUAACGGCGCUCUUGGGGGGCUGGUUGGUUGACGCGUUGUCCGACAAACACAAGGACUUCACCCCGGCUUUCGUCAUUGCUAUAAUAGCUACUUUAAUUGAUCUGGGCGCGUGUAGAAGACUUAAUCUACCAUCAUUGUCGAGUCCAGACGAUUCAGGGAAGGCCCUGAGGAAGGUGCUGAGGAUACCGAGAGUGCUGGUGUUCAUAACGUUCGCGGUGGUAGCCGGGACGUUCGACAGCUUCAUUAUUUAUUACAUGUUCUGGUUCCUCGAGGAGCUUGCCGAGGAAACGGACUCGGUAGCGAAGAUCAAGCUGAUCGAAGGCGUCGUGGUCGCGGCGCAGAGCUUCAUCGGGGAGCUGGUGUUCUUCUUCUUCUCUGGUAAAAUAAUCAAACGCUGGGGCUACGGGACGACGAUCACGUUCUGUCUCUUUUGCUACAGCGUGCGAUUGGUCCUCAUCUCGUUCAUCCAGCAUCCCUGGCAUCUCGUCUUUAUCGAGGGCAUAAUGCAAGGCCCGACGUACGCGCUGUGCUACUCCGCCAUCGUGGGCUACGCGGCGCACGUGGCGCCCGACGGGUACUCCGCCACCGUGCAGGGCAUCGUCGCCGGCAUGGACGACGGGCUCGGCUUCGCGCUCGGCUCCCUAGUGGGAGGGCAGCUCUACAACUACUCCGGCGGCAGGGGGUCGUUCAGGGUGCUGUCCGCGUUCGCUUUGGCGGCCGCGGCCGCUCACGCGCUGCUGUUCGCGUUCGUCACGAGAAACGAUAAAGAACAAAAACAAAUCGAAGUGCCAACGCCGGAGGUCGAGAAGAUGCUACCACAGGAACAGAACUUGAGCAGCGCCAUCUAUCGAGACACGGUGGUACCACUCACCGACGUCAACCACAAAAGCGGAAACAGGUAACCUUAUUUAGUCAUUAGUUUAUUUUAUACUUUGUAUUGUUACAUUAAAAAAGAUUGUGAUUUUUUUGAUUGUAUUAAACCGACUGCGUAGCUAAAGUGGGUGUUAUGUUUAUUAUGGCGUAUGUCUAAUGCCAUAUUGUAAUUGUGCUAUAUUUUGCAUCGAAAUACGAGAAAGAUAAAUGUAAAAUACAAGGGAAAUGUUUUAAAGGCUAAGACGAUAUGUAAUUUAGGUAGUAUUAUGUCUAAUGAUGGA